CGAGUAACUUUUGGAAAGAAAUAUUGGAAAAAUACAGAGGAAAGCCGAGAAACUGACCUAUUUUUUGCAUCCGUGAAUCUCAGUCUAAACUUUGUGACCUUUAUAGGUAAAACGAAAUGAGCUGUUUCUGGUCCAUAGCAACGAUUAUACUCUUACAAUGCGUAAUAAAAGUGUUAAGCGAACCUCACAAAGAACACCAAAAAAACAACGCUUUGCACGAUGAAAGACACACAGGACAUAAAAUGCAUCUCCGGCACAAGACUCAUGGAAGACACAGUGCAUCGAAACAUACAGCAGCAGCCAGUGCGCAGAGAGAAACUGUCCCAAGUCCAGUUCAAGACUUUGUUCUCGUCAGUGGGAGUCCUCUGUUUCACGAACGAUCUCGAGCCAGUGAUAGCAAGGCUAAUGCCACAAUAGCGCAAGAAGCAAAAGAUCAGAAAGUACCGCAGAUGGCUCAAGGGAACAAAACGGCUGCAAACCAGACACUCGCACAGGGACAACAAACUCUUGCUAGCAAGCAGGAACCAACGCAGCAGCAAAAGCAAGAAUCAAGUGGGCUAACUGAUAACUCCGGAACAGCUAAAGCAAAUGGAAAUAGCACUCAAGGACCAUCAGAAUCGUCUAAGCCUUCCCCAGCAUUUGUCCAAGAAUUGGCAAAGAAGAUUAAAGAAAGUCUGAAUAAAGGAAAGGAUGAAGGAAAGAAGGAAAACGGGACACAAUCUAUUACCCCAGCCGUAUCUUUAACAUUGCAAACGCCCGGAAAAACUAAUGCAUCCAACGGAGUAGUGGUUGGUUUAGAAAACAAACCUGUUACUAAUGCUGAGCAAGGAAAACCCGUCGGUAAGAAUGCCUCCGUGCCGGUUAUCACUAUUUCGCCCAGUGGGCAGAAUACUGAGAGUUUAAGUCCCGAUAGUGAUGGGAAAAAAGGAAACAAAACAACCACAACUACUGUUUCUGACGUGAAGCCUGAAGCCCAAGUUAAGAAACCAAGCAAUGGAAAUUUUCCUUUUAACGUGCCUGGAGUUCGAAAUGCCGGUAAUGGGACAGUUGAUAACAUAGGAGUGGAUUCCACCAAUCAAAUAGAAAAAGACAAGAAACUUGGGCUCCAUGAAAGCCUUGGGCCCAACUGUCACUGGAAGACUACAAAAGGGGCCAAUGGUGCUUUAAUCACAUCAGUUCAAUGUUCAGGAGAAUUUCACAGACCUGAGGCUAACAAAGGCGGCUCGGACGAAGUAGCCAAAAAUCCGCAGCCUGGUGAUGCUUCUAAAGUUGGUCUCAAGGAAAGUUCCAGUCAGCAGCAUACAGCCGUGAAUACCUCGGUUUCUGAGACCAGCAAAAGUAACAAGGAAAUUCAAAUGCAAAGUGAUGAGGAGUUUGAAAUGGAAGCACUUGGCACGACUAACGCGUUCCGUAAGAUACACCGCGCCCUUCCAAUUAAACUCGAUCCGAAGCUUAAUCUGGAAGCAAGGAAAUAUGCCGAAAGGAUUGCUGGGAUGGGCUCGCUUCAGCAUGACUAUGAUGCCGUGAGACAAAGUGACGAAGGAGAGAAUCUUGCAAUGGGUUGUAAGGAGUAUGGAGUACCUUUAACCGCCAAGGAGGCCAUAACAAACUGGUAUAAUGAGGUGUGCUCCUACGAUUUUGACCGUGGAGAGUUCAGUAUGUCUUCAGGCCAUUUCACGCAGGUUGUCUGGGCUGACAGUCAUGAGUUCGGGAUUGGAAAGGCAGCUGGAUACCAGAACGGAAUGCCGUGCGUUUUCGUGGUGGGACGCUUCAAGCCGUCUGGAAAUUACAAUGGGGAGUACAAGAAGAACGUUUUCAAAGGAACAUUUGAUUCAAGUUAUUGCGAUAAAUUGCGAGAUAAAAAGCUUCUAUAGGACACGCUGAUACCUAAAGAUUAACAGAAGAGUGAAGACACGGUGUCUCAUGUGGGAAAGAGCAAGAGACUAUUGUAAUGUUAUGAGAUAAAUUAAAGUAAAGUUAAAGUAAAGUAAAGAGAGAAAGUCGUGUAUGAGGCUGUCAAAGCCUUAAAAUAAUGGAAACCAGUAAUAAUGGACAAACUCUUUUUUUCUGAUUCUCAUACUGUAACAUUUUUAGACCAGGUGAUAAUGUGUAAGUACGCAAAUAAACAUAUCG